GCGAAACUGUCUUGAAAAAGACUCCUUGAUGUCGAGAAAGGAAACGUAAAUGUUCUUAUGAACAACCUUGCGCAAGAUGCAUCAAAUUCAACAUUACAUGCACCUUUACAGUCGUGCCAUCACCCAAAGAUGUAGAAUACAUACAAGAAUUGGAAUACAUGAAACAAAUCCAAGAUAUUCAAUUACAGAUAUCUACUAUGGAGAACGAGUUGUGCACACUGAAGAUUGCUCGAGACAAAAACGUCGAGGAAAUUCAAACUUCUAGAGAAACAAACUCUCUUUCUCCGGACACUCGAUCUAUGAGUGUAUACUCCCAGGAUAGUGACUCAGUAUACCAGAUCAAGACCGAGAAAGAUGAGUCAUAUUACGAUUAUCCAUCACCUGUUUCGAUGAACAAUACAUUGGAAUAUAUACCAGCACAGAGUAAUCACUAUGAUUCCCAGCACAAACAAAAACAACAUCGCCACCAUCAUUAUCACCAGGACCGUGCCUUCAAAAAAGAAUCUCACCAAGAGCUGUUUGCUCCAUUGGAUCAAAAACAAACAAUAGCUAAAUGUAAAGCUAUUGAAGCAACCAUCACAAAAAAAAGUAGUCAGCAACCUUGGACAUUAACUGUUCAAAACGGAAAUAUGUCUAUCGAAACACACAUUAGCUCUUACGCAGAACUCAUGUCACAUUUUGAGGGUAUGGCAACUACCUGUUUAUACCAAACGUCUACAUCCAAGUUACCUUUCCCAAUUUUAAAGGAACCAUGCACUCCCAGAGAUGCCCUAGGUGCAGCACUUGGUAUGAUCACUUGGCGAAAAUACGGAAAAUCAAGGUUUAAGAGCCUGGCGGGGUAUACACCUACUUUAUUACAUUACGAUGGUGCCACGGGUGUGACUGUAAUUGCUCCCGCGACAAGUAUGGAAACCAUAACGAUGCGACUAGUGUACACCUAUAUCAACUGCUUACAUGUACAGAAAUUUUAUAUACAUGUUCCUUCAUUUAUACGACUCUUUAUGACAGAAAGAAGCGUCAUUCAAUCUCCAGCUGUCAUGGCGCUUUGCAGUAUCAUCUGUCAACAAAAUUGUAAACAUAUUAGCGCCAUUAUACCAGAAGAGGCACUGAGUGAUUAUGGAGCAUAUUAUUUUGAACAAGCACGAGAGUUGAUUGCGGAUCAAUUUGAUGAAGCCAACUUGGAAACACUAUUUACAUUUACAUUUUUGGCAGUGUCCAAAAUCUUGAUCAAGGAUGACAAACAAGCUGAUCGCUAUCUUUGUAUUGCAGAGCGCAUAUAUAAUGUUUUAUUACCGCAGUAUAAAUCUCGGGAUGGAUCAUGUUCGGAUGAAUCAGUUUUGUUUGCACGUAUUUACCGCUGUUUACAUCAUUCACGAUCUGCCAUUUUAAUACAUGAGAUUAUGGAAACAGAAAACCCAUCACGAUCUGUCAUACCUCGUAUCGCCCAUCUAAUGGAAGAUUUGGACGACGCAUAUAUCCAACCGGCCCAAGAUGAUUCACCGCGAGAAAAGCAGUACAUUCAAGUCCGACGUCAUAUCAAUCAAUUACGUGAAUCCAUUAGAAUGACCAUCGGAAACAUCUCUGCACCGGAUUUCAUGACAUUCAUCGGCACGUUUGGACAUCAAGUGGAGAUGGUGAUGCGGCACUGGUACAGACAUGUUCUACCCGUGGAUUUCCAAUUGCAGAUACCCCUUUUUGAAGGCACUUGGACUGAUAUUGAAUUCUUUACACAUCUUGAGUUGGAAUGUGGUGAUUCUCCCAUACCUGUCAUGGUUACCUUAAUACUUUACAAUGAGUAUUUAAUCAUGUCUAAAUCAUAUGUACCCAAACGACCUGGUGAUACGCCCCUAGAUACCACGGAGCUGUUAGAAAAGUUUAAACAUGUACAAAAACACGCUUGUCACCACGAAGAAAAUGAGCAUAAUAAAAUGCACCACUGGGUGAAGAUAAUUCAAAAGAUGGCACAUAUCAAGCGAGGUGGUGGUUCUUCAAAAGAUUUAACAAUGAAUGAUGAAGAGAUAUUGGAAUUCAUCAAAGUAUUAAAUAUAUCCCAAAUCGGGUUUAAUAUACCGUUUCUUCAUACUGCUGUUGUGGUUGCAUUGGACAUGGUACGACUCUUCCAAUUCUUACUGUCGCGAGAUUAUUCUUGUUUCUUGGAUCUGCGGUGGGUGAUGAAUACCUGGCAGUUGUUGAUGAGGGCCGCUAAAUAUAAAUACCAGCAACCCGGAGAUGAGGAGGUGACUUUGGAUCGCAUUAGGGCCAAUCUUAUUCUGUGUUUAAAUAUUAUGCGAGAUCAACUAAAAUCAUCUCGUCGUGACUCUUCAGGCUCCUUUGUGGAGAUGAUGGAGCAAGAAUUUAAAAGCUUGUUUUGAUCAUCUACAUCUAAUUUAAGCAUUUGUAAAUUUGUGAAUAUGUGAAUAUAUAUAUAUAAAAAAAAGUUUAUUAAAAUAAAAAUAG